AUGGGAGGUGGGAAGAGCCAAAAAGGUGGCAAGCAUGGCUUCAUCGGUAGGACGCUGGCGCACGAUAUCCUCGCCAGGCAGGCUAAACAGGACGACUUGAUGCUCGGCGAUCGGCCAUACCGACCGGUGGAGCACUCAGUAGUCGAGCGUAAAAGUCUAGAUGAGUUCACACUUGCUGCUGAACAUGGUCUGGAGACCUAUCUGAGCACCCGUGGCGGCACCAGGGAGGUGCUCGCAUCAGACUUCAACACCCAACUGGCGCGGAUGGUGGACUACUCGGAAUCGAAGGAUGACAGGGUGUUUCCCGCGGUGCCAAUACCACGCAGAUGCCUCUUCUUCGACGACGAGCAGAGGGAAACCAUCGCCAAGCUGAUCAAGCAGCGGGAGCACGCACAACACCUCAAGGAAAAACGCGUCAACAAACGCAGAAACAAGAAACUCGUUGAUAUGUAUAUGCACGGAUCGGGGCCGAAACCGGUAAAUGGGAUAUUUGACCCGCUAAAGUUGCGUACGAAAAUGAAGAAUGCAUCGCACGGGAACGUGGUAGGCAGCGGCAGCGACAGUGAAGACCUAAGUGACUUCGAUCUGGAAGACGAUGAAGAGGGGGAAGAAGAACCCGGUUACGCAACAGACGAAGAAGAUGAAGGCGCAGAAGGGUCUGAGGGAUCAUCGGAAUGCGACAGCGAAGUUUCGGAAGAUUCAUCUGAGGACUCUGAAGAUGAGGGUGCCAAUGACGCUGCAAGAACGCCAAUGUCACCUGCACGAUCGAAGCGCUCUGUCAGGUUUGCUGAACCGCUACGUAGCCCUGCUGGCGCCCCUAAAUGGCGACGUCAACCUACUGGGAUUGCACUAAAGUCGGGGCGUAUGAAUACGUUCAAGGCAAGAGCCAACAUGGCCAAGCGCACCUCGCAGGAUGAUUAUAGCAGUGAGGAGGAUGAGGAUGACGACAUUUCGGAUGAGUAUUACAGUGAUGAUGAUGUUGAGGAGGAGGAGGAUGAGGAUGAAGAUGAGGAUGGUAUUGAUGAGGGAGAAGAUGAAGAUGAAGAUGAAGAUGACAGUGGAUUUGAGACCGAGGAAAUUGUGGAGACACCCCCGCCCGAAGCUGCCCUGCCUGCUCGUGCAGAAAGUUGCGGUGUAAAGGUGUCAGAAUCGCAACCAAACGAGAAUGUGAAGGUCAAACAAGUGGCGCGAGACCUGAAAUACGUCAAGGAAUAUAAAACAGCCAUCGAGCACGAGGUGUCUAGCGUGGAUAUCUGCAAGAUGGAUGCCAACGAACUCAAUCGCAUUGAAACCAAAUGCUUCUACACAUGGAGGAAGCUGCUGGCACAAAUUGAAGAUGAGGAGGAGAGAGUGGUAACACCGUACGAAAAGAACAUAGAGUUCUGGAGGCAGCUGUGGAGGGUGAUCGAGCGCAGCCACAUCCUGCUGAUCAUAAUCGACGCAAGAGACCCCCUGUUUUACAGGGUACCGGACCUUGAAUCGUACGUCAAGGAGGUCGACAGCAGGAAGGAAAUGAUGCUCAUCCUCAACAAGGCCGACUAUCUCACCCUGGAGCUGCGGAAGGCUUGGGCAGAAUAUUUCAAAUCACAGGGCAUCGAUUUCGUAUUCUUCUCCACAAUUUGGGGGAAGAAUGACAAGCCUCAUGCAGGGGCUGAACAGCAGCAAGAGGACCCCUGCUGCAAGGUCUACAAUGUGGCCAUGCUGUUGGAGAAAAUCAACGGCUACCGCCAACGACAGUCUGCCGUGUUCUCCGAGCUGAAUGAUGCAGAUAAUGCCGAGAUACCGUUAUACACUGUGGGAUUUGUAGGAUACCCCAACGUGGGUAAAAGUUCGCUCAUCAACUGCCUCAUGGAGGCAACGAAGACCAACGUGAGUUGCCAACCCGGGAAAACGAAACACCUGCAAACCCUGCCAUUGAAGAAGGAAAACAUAACCCUCUGCGAUUGCCCAGGGCUCAUCUUCCCCAACAUUGUCUCAACGAAGCACCACCUGCUCAUAAACGGCAUCGUCGCAACCGCCCACUUCAGGGGCAGUCUGAUAUUUGCCGUGCAGCUCAUAUGCAACCGCAUACCGAAACAGCUGUGCGAACGCUAUGACGUUGACCGGGCAGAAUGUGUCAUACUCGGAAGGGACAGCAAGCCCAUUCUCUUCAGCCAAAAGUUCCUGGAAUUCAUUUGUCACAGCAGGAAAUUCUACUCCGGCGGCAAGGGCGGGCAGCCGGAUCUCGGCAGGGCUGCCAAACUGGUUGUGAAGGACUACGUCAGCGGCAGCCUGCUCUACUGCGCAUGGCCCCCGACGUGCAGGCAGACCAUGGUGGAGUUUGAGGCAGAGCAAACUAGGGACCUAGCUGAGUCCUUAAGCAACCUGAAUAUCGCAGGCAAGGGAACGAGCAGACUCAACAACGACAUGAAAGUUUCGAGCGAGGUCAAGCGAGAGGAAUCGAAGCUCCAGGAGUGGCUUUUGGCCACGGGAGAAGACAUACCCGAGGCAAAGGAGAAGCCCAUGACCAAACGCAAAAUGCGGUUCCUAAUCAAAGGAAAGCGCAAAAGCGACAAAAAGAAAACUGUCGAACCGUAUGCUUAA